AUGGCGUCCCCCGUUCAGGUGGCCCCCCACAAUAGCUCGCUUCCUAUGUGUCCCCGCUCGACCCGCCUCGGCGAGGCCUUCAAAUAUGUCACCGCCGCGGUUUUCCUCGUGGUUUUCGUGCUGGGGACGGCGGGCAAUUGGAUGCUGCUGAGAGUAAUUCACAAGAAGACACGCCCGAGGAGCGGGGCGAGCAUCCUGAUCGCAAGUCUGGCUUUGGGAGAUCUGGUCCACGUGGUGAUAGACAUCCCGGUCAGCGCCUACAGGCUCGUGGUAGGAGGUUGGCCUUUUGGCUUGGCGUUGUGCAAGAUGGUGCCUUUCAUCCAGAAAACGUCUGUUGGUAUUUCAGUGUUCAGUCUUUGUGCUCUCAGUGUUGACAGGUACCGUGCAGUUGUUUCUUGGCAACGGAUCAAAAGCAGAGGAGUGUCAGUGGUGGAAAUAUCUCUCAUAUGGCUCGUCUCCAUCAUACUGGCUCUACCCGAACUUGUGGGCUUCUCCGUGAUCAACGUACACCACAAAGACCAACAUCUGAGGAUUUGUCUGCUUCAUCCUGUGCAGACCACACCGUUUAUGCAGUUUUAUAAGGCCGCGAAGGACUGGUGGCUCUUCAGCGUCUACUUCUGCUUGCCGCUGGCUUGGGCCGUCAUCUUCUAUGCGCUAAGGACCGGGAAGAUGCGGAAGAACAAAGAGAACUUAAACAAACACAGCAAGCAGAGGCAAGCUGCUGCAAACACGACUCUGUGCCUGGUGGUGUUGUUUGCUGUCUGCUGGUUGCCACUCCACCUCAGCAGAAUCCUUAAAUCAACCAUCUACGACCAGAAAGAUCCGGAUCGAUGUCAACUGCUAAGCAUCUUACUUGUGCUGGACUACGUCGGCAUCAAUCUGGCCUCCCUCAAGUCAUGCAUCAACCCCGUGGCGUUGUACGUACUCAGCAAGAGAUUUAAGAGGGCGUUCAAGGCGUGCCUUUGUAGUCGGCGUCUUCGCGUGUCUCGCGACGAGCCCGAGAGGAGUCUAAAGGAUCAGUUUUGCCCGCCGAAAGACGGGAAACAGCUGCUCGGCCAAGAGGAUGUCAAAAGUGCACAACAGCCCCUGUAA